GAAGUCCUGUCCCUGCUAUGUGAGCAGUCUGGAGUGCCCCUGUCGGACGCAGCAUCUUCCUCGCCCUCCAAGUGGCCGUGUCGUGGCUUGCACUCUUCUUCCUCUGUAUCCCUUAUCGAGUGUCCUGCGCGCGCUAUCUGAAGGGAGCUUCUAGCAGUCUUGGUGUAUACUAAGGGCGACCUCUCUCGUGGCCACCCCACUUGUCCACUCCUUUAGCAACCUUGUCACUCGUUAGACGCAUUUGCGCCAGUCUCUCUCUUCUUGCACCUAGUCAUUUUGACGGCCACGAUUUGCUGGGAUAUACAGCACCAGCGUAACAGAAAAGCAGAAGAGAUCAAGUCAGCUACCAGCUGGCUGCAUGGAUCCAUGGACGCAUCAGUAACGACAGCACGAACUCGCUCGCCGCCAAUCCGACCAGCGCGAUCCGAAGUAGGAGUCGACAAUGUCUCAAAUGGCCGCCCUUCGGCCGAAUACUUCGCGUUGGUUACGGCGGCAGCACAACAACAACAACAAACACAACCACCACUACCACAGGCACGACCACAAGCAGAUGGCAGACGUAGCACCGACACAACGUCGAGAAGUCGCAGACACAAGUCAGCGAGAUACUCGAUCGGCAAUGGCAAUGGGAUGGCAAUAGAAGGCAACGAGAGAAGGGGCUCAAUACGGAACGCUGUGCGACGCUUGUUUGGGAGAAAGUCCAAGGGCGACAUCCCGGAGGUGCCUGCCCUGCCACACGUCGAAGCCUCGCGACAUGGCUAUCACAAGAGCGAUCCCGGCCACUUCAAGCGACCACAGACCAUCCACACGAACCCGUCCGACGCCAUCCAGCAGCGCAUCAUCUCUGCGCCCCUGUCCGCUCCGCUCGCCGGCCCUCUCUCCGCGCCUUUCCAGCUACAACAAGCGCCCUUCAAGCCCAAACACCACCCCGCACACUCGUCGCCCAACAAUGCUGUCGAUUUCCCCAAAAGCGCAGCCCUCAAGCCCCUGAAUCUAGGCAACCCUUUCUACACGCGCGAUCAUGACCCGAAGCGCAGAGCUACUCUGCCCAGCUUGAUCAUGACGGCGAACGAGGCCUUCGACGUGUCGAACACGCUGCAACCAGGCGACGUCGAUGGGCAAAAACACAGGGGGCUCGCUGUUCCAGCUGGCGCAAAGUCAAGAAUGGACAAGAGGAGGUCGCGCAGUGCAAACGAUCUGAAGCAAGCCAUGGUGGCUGCUGAACCUUUCCGUGAUCGCACUGGCGAGAUUGAGUAUUGGCGACGGAGCUACGCCAGCGUCCUCCUCAGUCCGACCGGCAAGGCUCCCACCUACGAGUACCCGCCCACUGACUCGGACUUCGAAGCGCCCGACGUGCCCGACAUGGCCGACAUACCUGAUGUGCCCGACGUGCCAGAGCACUUUGUUCGGGAGCCCGACUUUGUUUCGGUGCCGACUCCUCUUUCCGCGCAUCCGCCUGUGCCACGUUCUGACGCUGUCUCGCUCCCGUCCACGCGCGGCCAGUCAGCUCCCACCAAAGGCCCAUCUCCGCAGUUGACUCUCCGUUCUUUCAGUCGUCCGCUGACCACCCCUGUCCCCGAUGCCCCUGUUGAUCUCGAGUCUCGUGUUGCCAAACUCGAGGCACACUUGAUCGACGUCCAGCGCUCGCUGUCUAACAUCACCCUCUCUAGCCCUUCAGCUGUCGCGCCGACAGAGCCCCCCGGCUCAUCACAUCGCCAACGACCGCCUAGCAUCCUCGUAGAUUCGCAUCCGCCAACUCGAGGCUAUGAAGAUGCUGGCGACAUCAUGGAACGAGAGUGGGGUCCUAGCAGUCAUGGCAGUACAAACGGCGACCGAUCCAAUCUUGCACCCCCGACUUUGCGCAGCACUGCUGCAACGCCCAAUGGCACCUUCACUGCUCUCUACAACAUGCUAUCCGAAGAACGCUCCGCCCGCCGCACUCUUGAGAACCAAGUCCGCACCCUGCAGCAUGAAGUCACCCGUUUGCAACUUUCACGCGGGAGCUGGGGCAGCUACACAGCACAAUCGCUUCCCCAUGCACAGCGACCUCGAACCCCUGCAGAGUCGGACGGGGGUCGCAGUGCCUCUCGUCAGGAAGCAUACAAUGCUCUUUCUACGCCUGCCACCAUUGUUCCCCCUGCCUCAUUCCUGCGCGCCUUUGACAGGCCUGACGCUCGCAUUCAGAGUCGCUUCUCCGUCGACUCUGGCGAAGACAGCGAGUAUGGCUACCGCCAUCGAAGUGGGGGUGUCGACGGUGGACGCAGGAGUAUCCCUCGCAGUUCUGUGCGUCAAACUCCACCCAACUACGAUUCUACCCGUGAACCACCAACUCCGUACGAAGCACAUCGUACGCCCGCCGAAGAACGAGGCGGCUACCGCUUUAGCGAAGACGAGAUGUUCUGAUCCUCUCGCUCUCCAUCAUGCGCUCUUCUGCCAAAACGUCACUAAUGUCCUUUCUCGAUUCAUGUUUAUUCUUCUUCUUGCAUAGCGAUCUUCAAAGUCCUGGGAUGUUUACUAAUUUUGGGCGCUUGUAUUUGGCUUACAUACUCUCCCAUCCGCACAGCGUUGUUUCAUUUGAUCUAGCAUUUCCCCCGAUCUCCACAGCAAGAGCACUGUGUUUCUUUCAUA